GUUCAUCAUGAGUCUCCCAACUCACCGUCAGUGCAGCAUCGAGCUCCAGAACAAGACCACAACGUUCACCCUGUGCAACCCACGCAUGCACAUUGUGAGCGGCUCCUGCAGCUCGCCCCUGCCUCCCACGCUCAGCCCCUACGAGAACGGCAACGCCCUCUUCAUCAAGAAGCCUCACACGGCGUGUGGCUCUGUGACCGUCUUCACCUACGACCUCCAGCACGUGUCCACCCUGCAGUUCAAUGGCAGGGUCGCAGUGAUGUUCUCGGUGCCGUACGACUUCAACUUCUACUCCAACUGGUACGCGGUGGGAGUCUUCGACAUGGACAAAGCCUGCGACCAGCACCUUUACGACGAGAUGUACAACAAGUCGGAGCAAAAGUUUGUCAGGGGCAAAGCCAAGGGGCCGAGUCUGACCUACAGGGGGGGCUACAUCACUGUCAGGGCCACCAUGUCCGACACCUACCAGCCCAUCCUCAAGGUCGCCAUCUGCAACAACUGAGGCCCACAGCCGCACCUGCAGUGUGCACCAUUAAUCCCACUUAAUCCAGUAACACUGGGUUCACACUGCAUGAGACCUGCAGCUGAUUGAUCAAUCAGUUAAUCAGUCAGUCAGUCAGUUCGAUUCUCUCCUCAUUUUAUAUCCACAAACACAGAUUAAAUCUCAACAUUUAUUUGAAAUUUGGAUUUCUUUCCCUGCCCCUCCUUCCUGAUGACAUCCAAAAAAUGGUGAGCUGUGAUUGGUCAGUAGUGUGUCUGUGAUGUUGUCUGAACCCAAUGUUAAACUUUUUUUCCUUCUCUUUAUGUUUGACACAAACUUAACUUUUACUUUUGAUGAUGUCACUCAGAAAUCGUCAUAGCAACUGCGUUACUGUGGUCCAGUGAGAUGAAACCACAGAGCUGUGCAGCUGUGAACAUGUGGAUGAGAUAAUAAAGGCUGAGUGAGUCCUAAA